UAUUCAUAUUUCUUAUAUAUGCUUUAUUUUGGUGCUAGCCUAUGAAUUUGUUGUGGAAUUUUGUUGGAAUUGCUUGAAUGAAUGAUGGGAAUAGGCAUUAUUCAUGGUGGUUCUUGUUUUUAUUUGUUUGAUGAUUUAUAUGAGUAGUGUUAUCUUGGGAGUUUUUGAUUAUGCUCAGAGGAGUACCAUAUUGCAUUUUGUGGGGAGACUUUGCCUGUUAUUGAGGGGAUUAAGAGUUGAAUUUUGGAUUAGGGGGAUGAGUUUGAAUGAUGAUUUUGCUAAGUUAGGGAUUUCAUUUGUUUAUUUUUGUUGGUUUGAUUGGUUUUGGUGGUGCAUUGGAAUUAAUUGAAAAAAAUUUGUAGGAACAAUGCCACUAAAGAAACGAAAGGGGAGCAUUGGAGGAGCCUCGGGAUCAAGAAGUGCUCCAUUGACACCCGAUCAGCCGGAGUAUCACGGCGUGGUACUCAUGUUGGAGUUAGAUCGACCAAAGUUCUCGGCACUGUGGCACCGGAAGAUAGAGCCCACACAUUAUGUUGAUCCGGUAGUGCUUCAAGAGAUAGGGGUGUAUGGAGACGUCCAACAGUUAUUUGUUAACAUCGGGUGGAACCGCAUUUUAGUAGGAGGAUGGCCCACAUAAGAGAGGGAUACCCUCGAGAUGAUGAGCACGUUUGAUGAGAGAUUGGUGUCGAUGACAUACCCCGACUCUAUGGCCUUCCAGCUUAACAACAAUUGGGAGCAUGAUGUGGAUAUGAGUGCCAUUAACAACAUCUUUGAGUGCCCAACUGACUGCACUUUUACACAUAUCAGUGGAUUUAGACCAGUGGAGUUGUGGCAGGAUUUGGUGCACCCCGAGGUUGGUGACUACCCAUCGGGCACCUCAAAGGCAGCAUCAGAAACCCGAUCUUUCGGGCAGUCCAACACAUCAUCGCACAUACCAUUCUCGCCCACAAGGAGAACAGUAAUGUGAGCCAAUUGGAUCUUUAUAUUAUCUAUGCCAUGCUCACAAGAACCCACAUCAGCUUCGCCGACAUCUUGGUCCAGUAGUUGUAUAAGGUCGCCAAAGCCAACAAGGGCAUUAUUACAAUAAGAGGGAUGUUCACCCCUAUUGCCCUACAUUUCUGUCCCGAGGUGGAGGGAUGGUCGAUUGUGCGGGGUGACACGUUAUUACAUGCUUGACGGAUGCACGAUAUGCGGGUGAUAUCCCGAGCUCAUCCGCCUUUCCAGUUUGUUCAGAGGGACGGGGAUCACUUUCCCUUGCCCAACACUGCGCUCACCACGAUCAAUGGUCGUUAUGAUAUGGCCAACUGUAAGAUGGACACUCCUGCUCAUCAUGCACUUUCAGGACCAGGAAGAGGCGAGCACAGGGUGCAAGCACAGGGCGAGGCAGAGGUAGACGAAGAGGAAGAGGCUGCAUCCCCCCCCUCAUGGACAUAAAGGUGCUGCUACCGGCGAAUGAGGACACUAUGACAUGGCUGAGUUAACUAAUAUGAUGGGUAGAUUGGAUGUCCAGUUCACCGUCUUUCGUGGCGACGUGAUGGCUAUUAGGAUGGCGCAACAAGAGGCCGACCGACGCCAGACAGAGUUCAAUGCUUAUACACGUGAGCAGUUUGGCCGCCAACAGCAAUUUGAGGAGUAUGAGCGAGCUGAGCUAGAGCGUCAGAUGACUAUGCAGGAGGAGCUUUUGCGCGAUUUUCGACGGUUUCGUGAUCCACCGACCUCCUGAUUGCGUUUCUAAAGUCGGUGGUACAAGAGAGUCGCUGAGGACAUUAUUAGCUGAAACCGUUCGAUCAAUUAGUAUGAACAAAGAAACUUUUUGGAGGCCAAGAAUGAUAUCUUUUCAGGGAUCUCUCAAGUUUGUGCAUACUUAUCGCAUCACACCUACUGGAGCCACAAUGGAGAAUAAAGAAUUACCUUCAAAUUACUUAAAAGACAAAAUGAUGGUUCCAAAUGCAGAUCCGCCCAGAGACGAAGAUGUCAAUCUUCUAUCUCAGUUCUUCAAGAGAAGUUCAAGGCUUGUUAUCUUGACUGGAGCUGGGAUAAGCACAGAGAGUGGGAUUCCUGAUUACCGGAGUCCAAAUGGAGCUUAUAGUACUGGUUUCCGGCCAAUCACUCACCAGGAAUUUAUGCGGUCCAGUCGUGCCCGAAGACGGUAUUGGGCUAGGAGUUAUGCUGGGUGGAGAAAAUUUACUACAGCACAACCAGGGCCUGCACAUAUUGCAUUAGCUUCUCUUGAGAAAGCCGGGCGUGUAAAAUUUAUGAUGACUCAAAAUGUAGACCGGUUGCACCAUCGAGCUGGAAGCAAUCCUCUAGAGUUGCACGGGACUGUAUAUAUUGUUGCUUGUACGAAUUGUGGCUUUUCUCUUUCUCGAAGCUCAUUUCAGGAUCAAGUGAAGGCUAUAAACCCAAAGUGGGCAGAAGCAAUCGAAAGUUUAGAUUAUGACAGCCGUUCGGACAAGAGCUUUGGAAUGAAGCAAAGGCCUGAUGGUGAUAUUGAGAUUGAUGAGAAGUUCUGGGAGGAGGAAUUCCAUAUACCAAAUUGUGAGAAAUGUGAUGGUAUACUGAAACCUGAUGUUGUCUUUUUUGGUGAUAACGUCCCAAAGGGUAGAUCAGAUAGAGCAGUAGAAGCUGCGAAAGAAUGUGACGCUUUCCUUGUACUUGGUUCUUCAUUGAUGACGAUGUCUGCUUUCCGACUCAUUAGAGCUGCUCACGAAGCUGGUGCUGCUACUGCUAUUGUAAAUAUUGGCAUUACCAGAGCUGACGAUUUCGUUCCUUUGAAAAUUAACUCCAGACUUGGAGAGAUAUUACCAAGAUUGCUUUCAGUUGGAUCCCUUGGUGUCCCUGUUGUCUAGAGCGUGCAGCAAAACCAUGUAAGGUUGACUUGCUGCACAGACGCUCCUUGUUGUAUUUGAAGUCUAAAUAUAAUUAUGUUGUUAUCAAUUCAAAAAUUGGAAAUUCAAAUUUUCAUUGGAACUCAUAUUGUGUCGAUGAAAGAUGCCUAUCCCAGCCAAGUUCUAAUUGAGGGAACCUGAUGUUUCAAGAAAGUUAAUAUUCUUUUUCUUCUAGAUCAAUGCAAGAGAUUUGUUACU